AUGAGUCGAGCGAAGGUAACACCAUUGAAACAGCUUUCGAUUCCGCGUUUGGAGCUUAUGGCAGCGGUACUCGGUGUACGACUAUCACAGACAGUGCGCGAAAACCAUACCUUCUCCAUUAGUCGAGUGGUCUUCUGGGUAGAUGCGGAGGUGGUGCUAUCGUGGAUUCGAUCCGAUCAGCGCCGCUACAAGCAGUUUGUCGGUUUCCGUAUCGGAGAGAUCCUGAGUUCGACGAGGAUUGCAGACUGGCGGUGGGUACCGACGAGAUUGAACGUGGCAGACCAGCUAACGAAGUGGGGCAAGGAUCCGGAAAUACAUCCGAACAGCUCGUGGAUAAAAGGACCGCAGUUUCUGUACAGCCGUGAGGAAGGGUGGCCGAAGAAGAUUCUACCGCCGGCGAACACGACGGAGGAACUCCGGGUUCAUCUCCUACUGCACGAUGUGAAGGUGCCAGCGAAUUUGGUAGAUGCAGACGGCUUCUCGAAGUGGACGGUGUUGGUUCAGACGAUGGCGUGUGUAUUUCGUUUCGUGUCGAACUGCAGGCAAAAGUUCAAAGGGCUGCCGAUCGAGACAUUCCGGGCGACGAGCGAGCAGAUGAAGGUGCAAAAGUCAACCACGGUCGCGAAUAUUCGCAUACCGUUACAGCAGAACGAAUACGAACAAGCAGAGCGGUGCCUCCUAAUAUCGGCGCAGUCGGAGAGUUUCAUCGAUGAAUUGAAGGUGCUGUCGAGAAACAAGGAGCGUUCGGUGAAUCAGUGGCUGCCAAUCGAGAAGUCAAGUCCUCUGUAUAAGCUGACUCCCAUGGUCGAUAAAGAUGGACUGAUUCGAAUGGAGGGUCGAGUGGAACGAGCAGAAUUUUUACCGUUCGAUCUGCGAUUUCCAGUGAUUCUGCCGAAUGACCAUCGGAUUACGAGAUUGAUAGUCCAGCACUACCACGAGAAGAGUGGCCACGGGUACCGCCAGGUGGUGAAGAACGAACUGAGGCAGCUGUACUAUAUUCCACACAUAGAUGCAGUUGUCCGGAAGGUGUCAGCGUCCUGCGUGUGGUGUAAGGUGAAUCGGUGUCGUCCUGAAGUUCCAAGGAUGGCCCCGCUGCCAGUACAGCGAGUCACACCGAAUCUUCGAGCCUUUAGCUACGUCGGUGUCGAUUACCUGGGACCAUUUGAUGUGACCAUAGGACGCAGAACGGAGAAGAGGUGGAUUGCGCUGUUUACGUGCAUGGUAACACGUGCCGUGCAUUUGGAGGUGGCACACGGACUGACCACUCAGUCGUGUUUGACGGCGAUAUACCGGUUUAUGGGUCGCCGGGGCUGGCCGAUUGAAUUCUUUUCGGACAACGGGACGAACUUGCGAGGAGCCAGUAAGCAAGUGGUGGAGGCUGUGCACGGCAUUACAGACGACUGUGCAGACCAGUUAACAAACGCGAGAACAAAGUGGACGUUUAAUCCUCCCGCUGCACCCCACAUGGGAGGUGUUUGGGAGCGCCUGGUCCGCUCUGUGAAGGAAGCGCUGACAGCACUCGACGAUGGAAGGCGACUAACGGACGAGAUCUUGCAGACAGCAAUCGUUGAAGCGGAGGACAUCAUCAAUUCCCGUCCGCUCACCUACGUGAGGCAGCAGUCCAACGAAGUAGAAGCGCUCACCCCAAAUCACUUCUUGAGUGAGCGUCACCAAACCAACCAAGUGGCACUCUUCCACCUCCCCAUCCUGCCGUGGCCCUUCGAGAUGCGUUCCAGCGUUCGCAGCAAUUGGCCAGCGUGA